AGACCAGAUUUUCUCUGAAAUACUUACAUCGAACAAUUUCUUGCAAAUCUCAGUAAAAAUUGCGGGCAUCAUGUUCGGAAAUCGUGGUCUGUUUUCUGGGUCGGGCAGGAACUGCAACCAUCUGGUGGAGUUUAGGGCCGGCCGCAUGAACCUUGUCGGCAAGGUAGUGCAUGCGGAUGUACGCAAGGGACUCCUUUAUAUGUUGCAGUCCGGGAACGGACUGAUGCACCUUUGCUGGAAGGAUCGGGGCACAGAUAUGGUCGAGGAGGACUUGAUUGUUUUUCCCAACGACUUCGAGUGCCAGCGCAUGCAUCAAUGUGUCACCGGUCGUGUUUAUUUGCUGAAGUUCAGGGAGUCGACACGUCGUCUGUUCUUCUGGAUGCAGGAGCCGAGAACUGACCGGGAUGAGGAGUACUUCCAGCGCAUCAACUUUCUGCUGAACAAUCCGCCGGUACUGCGACAGCGUCAGGUGCAGCACCCGCUGAACAUUCUCUCGCGCCCCCAGUUGAUUGCCUUAUUAGAGGGCUUUGGGUCCCUAAGAGGUCUCAACGGCAUGCUCGAUGACAUGAACUACCGCAUGGCCCUGAUGCGCGAAUUUUUCAAUGGUGAUCGAAGCGGACCAAUGCAGGGGCUCCAAAAUGUCAUCAUGCCGUUGCAAAGCCAACCAUCUUCAACUCAGGGUAAUGGGGCACCUUCAUUGGAGGUCACUUCAUCGGGCUCUUUGGAACCCUCGGGUGCUGGUGUCGCUGCUGCCACAAAUGAGGAAGAGUCGCCACCUUCGUUGGUGGCUAAGAGACGCCGGGUGGCAGAGAGUGUGGACGGAAAGUUCGAGAUGGCCUCAGGUAACGAAACAGUCAAAAACGAGCCAAAGGACUCCAAUGCUCGUGCGGGCGAUGAAGAUAAAAAUAUAAAGAAGAGCUCUGGGGAAGCUGCAGAAACUCAAGAGCUUAAGAGCUCCAAUGCUAGUGUGGCUCCUGAUGAGGUGAUGAAGCGUAAGGAAGAUGAGCAAGAUGAGAAACCUGAGAAGACAGAUGAAGAAGCCGAUGACUUCCCUGGACUCUUACAGGAUCAAGAGGGCUCCGCAGUGGAUGAGCUUUUGGAGUAUAAGCAGGUUGAUGGUGAUCCAAAGUUUGCAAAAGUCCCAGAGAAAACAGAAGAAAUAGGCGACACUGCUAUAAUGGAGCUGCAUGUUUCCGAUGCUUCCGAAGAAGAUGCGGUCGAGAAGCCUUAGAUGUCCCGUAAUAAGUGAACCAAUGCAGAUCACAUAGCGUUGGUGGACGACGACGGAGAAGAACUAAAUCCUCAUCUGUCAUUACACAAAACUUUUUAUUUCGGAUGACACGUACAUAACAAAUAUGUAAAGCCUAUCUACCUAACACAUAUAUAUAUUUAUAUUUUAUUAUAUAUAUAUUUUUUUGUGAAAAUGUGUGGAAGUUCGAUAAAUAAUAACUAAACUAAAUGAUA